GCUGGCCCACCCGCCUGAUGCCAGCUGGUUCUCAGGAGGGCUGUCUGCAGGCUCAGGGCGCCCUCAUGCAGGCCCUGGAAGAAAGCCAAGGCUUGCCUGUCAGACGUUUUGUUCCAGUUGGUCAGCGGGGACCAGCUAUCCAGUAUGUGAGAGAGGGUGGGAAUUUGGAGGGUCUGGGUCUGAUCUCCUGGGCCCACAAGGCACGACCCUUCACGGCUCAUGUGCUUCCAGAACCCAUCUCCAAAACACAGGGUGGGAUUCCUUUCCCCUCUGCUGUCUCCGGGAGCACACACUCACCCCGGCUCAAGGUCACUGCCAGCUGUGGCUAGCAGCACCUGUCACAGCUCAGCACCAGUGCUUCCUGGUCCAGCUCAGCUUCCAUUCCUUGUAAAAUAGCAGCUUCUUUUGUCUUUCCCUUGUCUUAAUGAAGGUGGGAAGUUUUUUUGAUCUGUUUUUUGCCUGUUGCUGUUAGAUGGUAUUCCAGGGUUUUGCCUGAGUGUGCUUUGGGGGAAAAAUGUCUCAAAAUAUGGAAACAUUCAUUACCUUUCCAUUAAAAUUGUAGGAAGACACAGACCACCCCACAACUCAGGAGAGGAAGGUGAAGACUUGGGUGGAAAGGAAUGUAAAAAUCGUAGUGACCCUGUCAUGCAGGACCCUGUCCCACUUCUCCUUAGUGUCUGGGCAUCAGGUAUAAUGCCCCUUCUGCAAAACACAACCCAGAAAACUGAGAAGUGUCGGUUUGAUUCACAGUUUAAAUUUACAGUUUAUCAUGAGGGACCCAGUGGCCUUUGAGGACGUGGCUGUGGACUUCUCCCCCGAGGAGUGGGCCCUGCUGGACGAUACUCAGAGGGACCUCUACAGGGAUGUGAUGCUGGAGACCUGCAGGAACCUGGCCUCCGCAGGUUGUUGCUUUCACACUAAAGCCAGCGGGUCCCGUUUUCAGCAGUACAUUUUGAGAAAUGGAAUAUCCAGCGACGAUUUUACAAGAAGGGAUUUCUGGUCUGCUUUUGGAGAAAGCUGGAGGCUGGAUGACCCUGGCGAUGACCAGGUGCAGGACCGGCGUGGGAGAGGCGGCAUGGUGGACGGCCUCUCCAGGCAGACGGAGGGUCCGCAUGGGGACGCCGAGGGCCAUGCUGUGCGCAGGCGUGUCCCCAGUGGAGGUCAGCCCCGGGAACGUACCACGCGUGCAAGGGCCUCCAGGAACCAGCAAGCACCGCCCACUGGACACAAGCCUCAUCCUCGUGAGGAACGUGAGCAAGCGGCGGGUCCCCCUGCGAAAACUGACACUGCAGAGAGACCCCAGGAACGAGGGGACACCGGGGGAGCGCCGAGUGAACACGUGGGAAGACCUAGUAACAAAAAGUCUCUGAAACGUAAGAAACGCGGGAAAGUGCUCUCCUGCCCCUCAUCCUCACAGGCGCCCGCGCGCGGCCACCGCGGGGAGAAGAGGCACGCGUGCGCCGUGUGCGGGAAGGCCUUUCAGUACCGCUCCUACCUGGCGCGGCACGCCAGGACGCACACCGGGGAGAAGCCCUACGCGUGCGCCCAGUGCGGGAAGGCCUUCAGCUGCGCCUCCUACUUCCGCGACCACGUGCGCACGCACAGUGGGGAGAAGCCCUACGGCUGCGCGCACUGUGGGAAGGCCUUCAGCUGCUACUCCUCCUUUCGGGAUCACACGCGCACGCACACUGGAGAGAAGCCCUACGAGUGCACCCGCUGUGGAAAGGCGUUCGCGUGCUACUCGUCCCUUCGGGAACACGGGAGGUCUCACAGCGGGGCGAAGCCCUACGACUGUAAAGAGUGCGGGAAAGCCUUCAGGUACCCCGCGUCGCUGAGAGCGCACCUGAGGACGCACGCGGCCGAGAAGCCGCACGCGUGCGAGCAGUGUGGGAAGGCCUUCAGCUGCGCCACCUACUUCCGGAGACACGCCCGGACCCACAGUGGCGUGCGGCCCUACCAGUGUGCGCAGUGUGGCAGGGCCUACCGCUUCUCCUCCUCCCUGCGCAUCCACGCCAGGACGCACACCGGGGAGAGGCCCUUCGGCUGUCAGCAGUGUGGCAAAGCCUUCGGCUGCGCCUCCUCCCUCCGAGAGCACGUGAGAACCCACAGUGGCGAGAAGCCUCACCGCUGCCGGCAGUGCGGGAAGGCCUUCAGCCACCCGCAGUAUUUCCAAAAGCACCUGCGGUCACACGGCGCAGGGAAGCCCUACGAGUGCUCCCAGUGUGGGAAAGCCUACCGCUGCGCCUCAUCUCUGCGCGUGCACAUGAGGUCGCACACCGGGGAGAGACCCUACGAGUGCAAGCAGUGUGGGAAAGCCUUCAGGUACCUGGCGUCCCUGCAGGCCCACGGGAGGUCACACGCUGCAGAGGAGCUGAGAACACAGCGGUGUGGGACAGGCGUGGGACCUGGCGCGCUCGCCCUAAAGCCCUUGGGAUAGGAAGACCACACCAGGGAAGACCCCAUGAUGUUCAGAAGGGGAAACCUGGGAGGGAGUCUCCACUGUUGUCAACCUUCGCCUUUCAAGUGCCUCACCUUAGCAGGGACCCCUGGUGUUCAGUCUCUUCUUGGUGCUGUUGACAUGAGCAAUGAACGUCCUGUUGGGCACCAUCACUGGUACUAAGUGUAUUUUGUUAUACAAGGCUUCAAAUAAUCGGGCGUCCACGUAGCCUUGUCUAGUGCACAUUCUGAUCUUGGACCUAUGGGUGCUACCGUGUGCAGUUUGAGGUGAUUUUACAUUAGCAGUUUUCUCUGUAUAUGACUUGAUGGAAACUUACUGAUUUAUUCCUAUGCAGUGCUGAGACUUGAACCCCGUGCCUCACAGCCCUACACGAGAAGCUUUUGAUUCCUACGUCUGUUUCCAGCUUGAGGUCAGAAUGUGAACUUGCUUUUCUAGGCCACAGGUGCAGGUACUGGACACACACACUGUCCACCUUUCUCUUCAUUCUUCACUAUGGAAAGAGGCGUCUUCCUUUGCUGCUAGUGGACUCAUGUAAUGCACAGGAAUUAGUGAUUCUGGAAGGUUCUUCAAAGAGCCUCUUCCCAGCUGAUUUGUGAUCGUAUUUUGAUCUUGACUGGAUAUUGGACACACUGCAUUGCGUUGAGAGACCCUCUGGCAUAAAGGUGAAGUUCGUGUGUCAGUGGUCCCACUGAAUUGCCAUCCGCAUGAGUAAGGCUGGAAAGUGAAUGUCUGGGUUCACGGGGGACAGCGUGUGAGCUUUGGGAUGUGGAAGUGGAUAACCAGUAUUCUCAGUAGCUUUUUUUUUUUUUUAAUAUUUAGUUUUAGGUGGGCACAAUAUUUUACCUUUACGUGGUGCCGAGGAUCGAUCCCAGUGCCUCACGUAUGUAGGCGAGCGCGCCUCCGCUGAGCCCCAGCCCCGGCCCUUUCAGUAGUUUUAUUGGGAGACAGGGUCUAUAAAUUGCCACCCAUUUACCACGGUGACCUGUGGUCCUAGGUCAAGCGCAUUGUUCUGAUUAUCUCUGCCCAUCUAGAAUGGCCCCACAGAAGCCCGGCACCCUCUGGGCACGCGCUGCAGACUGUCCACACACCUCCCGUCAUGGGCGCUCCUGGGCUCCGCGCUCCCAGGUUCCUGCUUGGGCUGCAGCUCUGUGGUUCCCUGACCCCUCCCUGAGGGCCCGUGUCCCUAUAGGGCUGCUGAGGCAGCUUGUCUAGCGGAUCUGUCACUUCAUUCCUGUUGAGAGCCGCAGCCAGUCGGAAUGGCCCCUGGCAUUUUGCCAGAAGUAAUGCUCGGGAGGGGAGCCACUAAGAUGAUGCUGGAUUGAUUCAACUGUACAUAGGCCCCUGCUGUCCACCUGGCGCCCGCUACUUUGGAGUUCUCGUGGGAUUUCGUGGGGAUUUAGCAUUGGUGGGUGAAGUUCCGGAGGAGGGAGUUCCGGUUGGUGUGGUGUGCCGGAGAGGAGCCACGUGGGUGGCGUUGGGGAGAGUCCCCGGGGAGUGCGUGGAGUGCUGGUGGAGUUCAGCAAUAAAGUUUCCUGUUUGGCCAUACAA